GGUCCAUGAUUGAGGUCUUUUUGAUUUAUGAAAACACAAGUUAAAGGACCUUCUACUGCUGCUCGGUAGUUGGAAGACAUGACAUUAAAGAACAAACAUUCUUAAAUUUCAAUAAUCUGCGAAUAUUGAUCCUGGACUCUUCUGAUAUUGUUUCAUUUUCUACAAAGAUACAUUCGAUUACAACAUACGACAUAGGAUUGUGUGACAGUGAAUGCGCGUCCGAAGAGGGUAUUCAAUAUGGAGGGUACAUCAUUUGAGACAGGAGAGAAUUGGGAAAUAUACAAAGACGCAUUUGAACCACAGCCCUCGGGAAAAAUAUUAAAAGCCUGGGAACGAGCACCCGUCACCUCUCACGCCCCGCGUUUACACGGCCAGAAAAUAUGGAAAAAGAGAGGCGGAUUGCGAGGUGGGCAAGAGGAUAAGGAGAAUUAUAAUGAGGCGUUUAUGGAGCUAGAGAAAGAGGGUGCGGGUGCGAGGAAAAAGCCAAGGGUGUUGGGAAUUAAAGAGGAUAUUUCGAGAGCGAAGUGGCAUGAGGGAAAAGAUGAGAGGGAGACCUGGGAUGAAGACUUGAUGAUGGGUGGCGCUAGUCCGAGGAAGAAUGCAUUGGGUACUCCAAAUAAGUUGCAGGUGGUGCCUAGGAAGAGGACAAAUGCAAAUAUGGUUAUCACGCCUAGGAAAUCCUCGAGGCAGACGGUGCUGGGUGAGAAGGGUCAAGCUUUGAAUAUGGAGCUAUCACUCUCUCCAGGGAAGGAUAAGGAGGUGAAUGGUAGCCCGAUUAGGAAGAGAAAGAUGGCGAGGAAAAGCAUGAGAAAGUCGAUGGUGCCAUUGGAGAAUACGCAAAAGGUUGAUGACGAGAAGCAUCAUAGACGACACACUUCUUUACUGUUCGAUUUUGAAAUGGCUGCUGGGGAGAAGGAGAUAGAACCCGUGCAAGGAUUAGAAAAAUCGCCCAAGAAAACGCCAAAGAGACAAAGCCUUCGAAGAUCAAUGCGUGGAAGAGUUUCAGAGCCGGUUCAGGUGCUUGAGAAGUUCCUGGCGAGAGAAGACAAGAAACGAACCUCAUAUGCUGGACCCAAUUCUGCUCCCUUGGGAGAAAGAACUAUUGAAAGUCAAGCAGGCGCAAUGGAGGUAGACCACAAACAAAAUGAAUCUUCCGAAAAAGACAAGUCUCAAGGCACAGCACACAGCUCAAUCACAGAAUCAAUCAAGGAGCAGGAUAUAUCACUUACAGCUCCCCAAACCGAACUUCUUCAUGCAAACCCAGAAAGCGCACAAGCCCAAGCCGUGGACAUUCCUACCCAAAAAACUGUUAAAGGCGCCAAGCAAAAGAGAACAAGCUCACGUCGAAGUACACGUUCAAGUGAUCGAUUGGAGCUUGAGGCGGCCGCUAAAAAGCCUCUUCCUGUGGAGAAUACAGAGGCCAUCACUUCAACCACUCGUACGACGAAUAGUCAAAAUCUCGCGUCCUUGGUGUCUUCACAAAAUACUGAUGAUAUUCUGAAUACGACACUGACUUCCACACCAGAUCUUGAUCUUCAAGAUGUAGUUCAAGAUGCUGCGGUUAAAGAGAUGACUGAAUUCCAAGGAGAGUCAAGUAGUCCUGAAGUGCCGACUUCCGUUCAAGAAAUAAAUCACAUCCUUGAAGAACUUCUUGAACAGUCCGUCACUCCCAACGAUAAUUCAAAAAGUACUGAGUCACAAGCACCCAAUGACGAUUCAACGGAUGAAUUGCCGGCUAAUGUUCAUCGACAACAAGCUUUCAGCGGGCUUGAAGAUAUACAAUCGGCCAAUAGGAGCCCCACGACUCACGUGGCUCCAUUAGAAGAAAGAAACCCCGAUGACGAAGACAUGGAUGAUUCCAUGUCGGAUCUUUCUGAAGUCUUACUCGAACCUACUAUCAAUGUUGCCAAUCUUAGACCGUCUGGUUUGAAUGAAUCAUUCAAUAAAAACACAAACGAAAUGCAGAUUGUUGCAGAAUCUGAAUCUAUCGAUGAUCCUGAGUCUUUUGAUUUGAUGCCAGUCAAUAGUCUAAACGCCAACAACCAAUCUAAUGAAUCUGAUCAUGGUCUCACACAAGCUGAAUCUACGACAGCAUUCGCUACAACCUCUGAAGCCGACGACACUUUCUCAUUGAGUGUAACCUCCUCAUUCGAGAAUGAUGAUACAGACAUACUUCGCCAAUUCCUUACCAGAGUCAAGGCAGAUAAAGCUGCAAAAGCUGCAGCUCCCGCUCCCAAAAAGAGAAAAUCAUUGCCACAUUCACCUCUUCGAAUUCCGCUGGGAGAUAUUAUGAAUGCAGAAGCAUCAUCACCAGUUCAAGCACCAAGGGAUGACUUUGACCUUAGCGUUCCGGAAGUAGCAUCACCUUCACGCAAAAGUCGUGCCACAGCUCCACCAUCUACGGAACAGUCAGAGGCAGAAGCUAAAUCUAUCAGGCGCAGUGGAAGAACUCGUCCACCUGUCCUUAAGAUUCCUCUUCCAGCACCCAGUUCUAUUCCAGUUCGAAGACUUGGUGGACAGGAUGAUACUAAUGUUACUCUCAAGCAAAGUGUUGAAAAGGAAUUAGCUGCCUUGACUCGUGUUAAUACUCGGAAGAAUAAAGCAGGUGCUGUUUUUCCGGAAGUAGUUUUAGCGAGAAAAGCGGAUGGAAAAGAGAAUCCUGCCAAGAGACAAAAAGACUUGAAGGAGAUGUACGAAGAGAAACUCAGGAGAGAAAGGAAAGCCAAAGGCAAACCGAAGAAGUCAGUAGUGUGGGCGGAGGAAAUUGCUCAGUAUCAAACUUUAGAGAAGAAAGAAAGAAAGACUAUGGAAAGUAGAAAGGUUAAUAAGAGUGGCGAGAGGAUUGUAGAUGAAAGUAAACCCGAGGAAAAGGAGAAAGUGGCAGAAUCGAAGGAGAAGAAGGGUAGAGUCAAGACGCAUACGAGUUCUAGUUCGAGACCCAGCAAGAUUGCCACGGGCAUUCCUACUGCUAAUGGAACGCCAGCUAGGAAGAAAAGAGUGGCGAAACCGUAGUAUUGGGGAAGAGGAAAGGGGGCUUGUAGAUGAUGGAUGGAUGGAAUUGUGUAUGUUUGUAUAUGUUGCUAGCUAGAUAGGUGUUUUGGUGGAUAGGAUAGGGGAUGGAGUUUGGAGCUUGAAGCUUAGAUCGUUUGCAGCGUUUUGCAGUUUGUGGAGUGAGGGCGGUGGAGUGCAUUUGUUUUUCAUUAUACCUAGGGGUGCAUUGUUCAGUGGAGGUCUUUGGUCACUUUUCUGUUUCUUACAAUGAAUUAAUAAAUGAUUGAUGAUGGCUUAAUAGUAUUUUGGGAAUUGUAUGUUUUUGUGUGAUGUCAUACUUAGGGAGUAUCUGAUAUGCGUUGUAGCUAGUGAGGGGGGAGGGUAGCGAAAUAGGAGGUUGGCACCCGUUUAUUAGUGAGGAGGGAAAUCGUCGA